AUGAAUUUGAAUGAUUUCAUUGAUAAUGCAUUAAAAGUUAAAUCUAUUGAAGCAGUUUCUGAUUUUUAUAUACAAGAUAGCAGUGGAAUUGUUGUUUCUGGAGAUGAAAUGGCUAUUUCCAAAACAUUAUUAAAAGAAUUAACACGCUUUUCAAUAGUAAACAUAGAUAGCGAUGCCGACAAAGCAUCAUUAAUCGGAGUCCUAAUAGGAUCACAUGAUGAACGCCCAUUUAUAUAUCGAAGAAAAUUUAAUAAUCAAAACAUUGAAGAAGAACUACACUUUUGCCAAAUUGGUUUAACAGUUAAUCCAAAAUGUCAAGGCGCAUUUACUAGAAUUCGAGAAUUAUUACUAAUAAAUAAAAAUCAAUCACAAAUCACAAAACAUAUCGAAUUUUGCAACUUUUUAACAACAAAACGCGAAAGAAACUAUCUUCUUUGGUCUCAUAGAGUUUGGCUGUAUGAUACAUUCAGUUUAGAAACUGACGAAAUUUCUUGGGUAUCAAAUUGGACAAAAUGUCAUCCUUCAGAUAGUUCUGCAUUUGCCUAUUAUCAACACAUUAUGCCAAAAGAUACAGAAUUUCUCCAAAAAGAAUUAAAACAAAAUACAAUCAACUUAUUCGAAUUUCCAGGACAUGAAAGUCUCUGGAGUUUUAGAAAAUUCCUAUUACAAUCACUUUCAAAAUCAAUUUCAGUACCAAGCGGCUGGAAACACAUUAAUAAUAUUCAUGAAGAUUUAAUUUUACCCGAACAGCUUUUUGGAAGCCAAAUUACAGAUGCUUAUAUAGAGUUAGCUCAGAAAUUUGCUGUAAAAUUGAGUUUAAUUCCAGUAGAAUAUGAUAUUCCAGAAAAAUCAGAAUUUAAUUUAUUGAAUGAAAAUCUAAUUGUUCAAAUUGCAUUAUCCGAUGACUAUCCAACAGAAUUCCAAGCUCAACAAACAGCAGCAAAGCGAUAUUUCCGUUGGAUCCAUGCAAUGUUAUAA